AUGCUGCUAAAACCUUUCGAUUCAAAAGUCCCUACAGUUCAAGAAACUCCCAGCAGGAAUAAACAGGACGGGGACAAGAGUGAAGGAGGUGAAGACAGUGAUAACCAAAGCAUUAAUGCGUCAAUGACACUAGGUGGUCCAAAAAUGGAGCUGCCAACUGUUGAAAAAGAAGAUGCUGACGAAAAAGUAGUAUUGGAACCUGAGUGUGAUAUCUUCACAGGACAGUGGGUUUUGGAUAACAAGACACAUCCUUUGUAUAAAGAGGAUGAGUGUGAGUUUCUGUCAGAAUGGGUGACAUGCUUAAGGAAUGGAAGGCAGGAUUCUCUGUAUCAGAAUUGGAGAUGGCAGCCCAGAGAUUGUUCUUUGCCCAAGUUUGAACCAAAACUGUUGCUGGAGAAAUUGAAGGGAAAGAGGCUUAUGUUUGUUGGAGAUUCCAUCUAUUUUAACCAGUGGCAAUCCUUGAUUUGUUUGGUUCAAUCUGCCAUUCGACCUGGCAAGAAGAGCUUGGACUAUUCAGGCUACACCAUUGUCUUCAAAAUUGAGGACUAUAAUGCUACGCUGGAAUUUUAUUGGGCACCAUUUCUAGUCGAGUCCAAUUCAGACCCUCCAACAAGGAGAGAUGGUAAAUCAGACGCCAUUAUAAUGCCUGAAUCGAUAUCCAAACAUGGACGUAACUGGAAAGAUGUGGACUACCUAAUCUUUAACACAUAUACUUGGUGGCUCAAGUAUCCCACAAUGAAAGUGUUACGAGGAUCUUUUGAUGAAGGGACCACGGAAUAUGAUGAGAUCGAACGACAUAUAGCAUAUGAGAGAGUUUUGAGGACAUGGGCCAAGUGGGUGGAAGAAAAUGUUGAUCCUAACCGCACCUUUAUUUUCUAUAGCAGCACGUUUCCUCAACACUACAGGAACUCAGACUGGAACAACCCAGAUGGAAUUAACUGUGCCAAAGAGACUAUGCCAAUACUAAACAGGUCAACACCAGUGGAUCUGGGCACAGACCGGCAAGCUUUUGCAAUAGCAGCGACCGUGACUCGAUCAAUGAAAGUGCCAGUCCACUUCCUAAAUAUAACCGCCCUCUCUGAGUACAGGAAAGAUGCACAUACCUCUGUUUACGCGGCUCAUGAUGGUAAAUUACUUUCGCCCGAGCAGAAGUACUCCAAUCAAGGUAUACAUGCAGAUUGUCUCCAUUGGUGUCUUCCUGGGGUGCCUGACACAUGGAAUGAAUUGCUUUAUGCACGAAUCAUGGCACUCUCUUGA